AUAUCUUCCGGAGGGCCACAGCCAACUUAUGGGAUUUCUGGGCAAGUUUAAGUUGAACUUGUUCUGCAGGAAAUUGCGACUCAAGGGAUUGGACAAGCUUGAGAUCCUAGAAAACUUCUGUCCCCCGAUUUGCUCAUCUCAAGACAUAUCCACGUUGAGGAACCUUCGAGUACUAUCAGCCGAGGUGGUGUUAGAUGACUAUGAUGAGGGCUUUCCCACAGAAAUCCAAAGAUUAAUGUCAAACUCAGACCACGUGGGUUGCACAUCCCUAUGUAUUUACUCUUACAAAGAUUCAGCAGCCACUGCCGCCUCAAUCAAGAAGAAAGUGUCGGAUGUUGUUGGUCAGUGUUUCUCUCGUCGCAAUCUUCAAGGCUUAGAGGUAAGUUGUCCCAUGGACAAUUUUCCCGAGUACGAAGCCCAGUAUAUGUGUGCAAGCCUUCUUAAAUUAGAACUAACCAGACUCGAGAUAGAGGAAGAUCCCAUGGAGACAUUGGAAAGGCUUCCUAAUCUACGGUCACUUCACUUGAAAUAUAGAUCUUUUCUCGGCAAAGAAAUGAGGUGCAAGGCAAUGGGUUUUGGCCAACUUAGAUUCCUUCGUUUUGAAGAUCUACAGAACUUAGAGAAGUGGAAUGUUGAUGAAGGAGCCAUGCCCAACCUUUCGGUCUUGACGAUUGAAGAGUGCACAAAGCUGGAGAUGGUUCCGAAUGGAUUGAGAUACGUUAAAACUCUGAAAGAGUUGAACUUUGUGCGGAUGCCAAAGGAAUUCACAGAUAGGAUCCAAGCAGCAAAUGGUCAUGAAGAUUUUGACAAAGUCUCCCAUAUACCCACCAUUAGUGUCCGUAAUGUUUCAUUGUAACUGAGCAUGGUUGAUCAGUUAGGAUCAAUUUGACGAGCAGGAUUUAUUCACUGCUGGAAUGUGAUACUAUCAAACAUUUGCCAUUUUAGUACGAUAAAGUCGAGCCAAGUUGGACUUGUAUUAAUUAUGUGUCUUGGUGUACGAUCAAUUUUUUUUUUUUUCCCGUCAAAAGUCGAGUCUCCAGUUACUGUACUUGGACUUGUAUUAAUUAUGUGUCUCAUAACUAUGAUUUUCACUCAGCUUAUA